CAGGGCAGCGAACUGUUAGCGGCGCAAGUGUUCAGUCCGGAGCCAAACGGUGCCAUAUCGACCACCCGAUGCACGGGUGACACCGAAAAAGUCUACUACCACGUAUGGGCCACCGAUUACACCAACUAUCUUAUUUUCUACACACAACAAUCCCAGAGUCACUUCACUCAAACAGACACUGUAUGCGUGUACUCGCGGGACAAGCGGCCCAAUAGGCGCCUGCAGGCACGGGCCUACGCUCUGGCCAAACGCAACGGCCAUGAAGUCAGACUGUGGCCAAACAAACAACUGGAUUGUCAAAUAGGCGGCUGCCAUGACCGGCCUGGGGGUUGUGCCGCCCCACCCCCUCCGACCGUCAAACCUGUGGCCGACAAUCGGUAUAUCGACGAACAGGACGAUUGGCCGGCGGAAAUUUUACCCCCGAAGCCGUCGCCCACGACACGGACUACAGCACCGGCAGUUACAACCACCGAACCCCUGCCCCCACUCGACGAUCUCGAUUGGGGAGAGGUUGACAAAGAGCUAGACGACGAUUGGGUGGACUCGUCGCCGGCGAUUGGCCGCGCCCGAGCCUCCCAUAGAUAUCGGAAAGGUCGGCGCACUGCCCGACCCGUGCCGGUCACGGCCCCCAUUACCACCACCACAACAACAACUACUACACCCCGACCUCCACCCGGACCGCCCACUGAGUGCAAGAAUAUGUCGGCCUCGUCCAUGAGAAAUGUGGAUCUGCACCGUAUACGUGGCACGUGGCACGCCGUGCUGCUUAACGUGGCUAACCUCCGGUGCGUCAAAAUGGAGGACAACUUGCGCGCGAUGGCCGACCCGACCAACGCCGACGAGUACUGGUACGAUAUAAUAUCCGAAAGCGGUAUCCAAGGGUUCGGUCGAUUGAAGUCGGGUCCCGACGGUCAGCUCACGUCGUUGGGCGCUAAGUUAGCCGGCGAGCGAUCCAUUAGCAUAUUGGACACCGAUUACGAUAACUACAUGGCUUACUAUCAGUGCGAGAGUCGCGUUGUUAAUGGCUGUAAACAGAUUACUGAAGAAUACGGUGUGGUGUCCCGUAAGACCACCAUUCAGCCCGAGUACGCCAACCGGGCGGAGGCGCAGUUCAAUCUGGCCGAUAUGUACGAUUUGCACCCGGUAGAGCAGACCAACUGUCACUAUAAAAAUAUUAAACAACGACCAGCGCUGCGCGACUAUCACUGCAAAAACAUUGACAAAUAUGUGGCUAAGAGAAUCAAUAUAAACAGGUUAGUGGGCAACUGGGAGUUCAUGUAUUCGCUACACACGGUAUCGGCCGAGGCCUCAAUGGAGCUCAAACAAAAACCAAACUCAAAAUACAGUCACGUGGUGUCCGUAAAGUCUGAUCAGGGGUUAAACGACAUAGAGGUUCGCCAAGAGGGCAACACCGGUAAACUGUUCGCGCCGUACGCGUCCGACGACCCGACUGCCAAUGACACCGAACUCCGGCUGUCCGUCAUCGACACCGACUACAAGACCUAUUUCGUGAUCUACUCGUGUCACGAGUUUGACGGCUCACUAUCUAAAGAUGUACGUCUGGACGUCUACUCCCGGGGCUGUAACCAGAGAAGUGACCUGAAGCUGAGACUUAGAAACAUUAAGCGAACGCUGAAUGUGACCGAAAAGUUGCGGCCAGUCGUCCGCUACAACUGUAUUAAUAAUAAUAGAUACCAGACCAAAGUGCUGACCGACAACUGUAUCCGUUUCCAUAACUCCGAGAUAAAGGACGUGGACUUUACCCAACUGUGCGGUCGGUGGGAACCGCACCUACUCAGCGAUCCGUCGGCGCAGUACGAUUUCAAAAAUGUCACGGCGCCUAAUAAUCAAUACAUGGAGACUACAUACCACCCAUCGCAGCUUACGUGCAAUUCCACGCACGCCAUGGGCUCUAACCUAUUGGAGACCCGAUGCGGUAAUGUAUUGCUUAAUGAAGCGAUACUGGACUUCAAUAAGGACACGCAUUUGUUGCGGUACGAGUGCUAUCAGUACGCAGAUCACGGUAUUGUCCGGGUUAACGAGCUCCUAUCGCUGUCAUUACGACCGGGUAUAGGCGCCUCAUUGCGCGACAAAAAGCGUAUACUGACCACCAUCAUGAGCAGAGUGUCCGAGCUAGCCCUGGCCAAAGUGACCAAGCUGGUGGCCAAACUCAACCACAACACUAAUGAUCAUUACAAGAAUUUUGGUCAACGUAUACUGAAUAAUGUGACCGAAAGGGUCAGUAAGUGUCGGCGCGACAAUCGCCUGAGCGAUAAGCCUGAUAGAGAAAUGUACAAUAUUUUGAACCAAAUGUGCCGAUCGUUUAGCGACGAUGAGCUGAAUUACGUCGAUAUAUCGGCGCUGUCUCGGAACUGGACAUUGGACUACAUCACCGAUCAACAAGAGAACGCUAUCUUUGACAAAGCAGCCAUACGGCGCCGAUCCGAGACCGCGUUUGACGCAUACGUAUUUAAUCGGGAGACGUUUUUGUACAAAAGCAACUUAUAUUAUGAUCGCAACGAUAAGGUGUUCUGGGCGUUUGCCGAGGGGCGCCGUUUACGAAGCGUACACCUGAUUGUGAACAAGGACUAUAAGGUCACCUAUACAUGUGGCGAGUUUAAUGUCAACGGAACUAUCAAACCUUUAGAACGCCUGAGCCUAUGGACCGCCGAAAACAGUGACCAACCGUCCGAUUGGUUCGCAUUCCUGGAGCUGAUGACCACUCGCCUACGACCGGACACUUGGGACAAGAUCUCGGACCUGAUGGAGCGGCUGCGGCCGGUGCUGAGCGGUUGCUACGAACGAUCGCUGACCACAAACACACUGAAAACCAUCCUGGACAAAUACCUGUCGCCAAAGUUGCGCUUUGAGGACCGGAUCAAUCACAACAAAGAGAUAUGCGGCGCCUCCGACACAGACGUGUUUGACGUAUUGACCAAAAACUGUCGCUCAUUUGAUGAGUCGGAAUUGUUCCAGGUCGAUUAUGCCAGGUUGGCGGGCACCUGGAGGGUGGACUGGACCAGUUACUCCACAAACAUCGGGCUUAAUAGUGUUGAUAUCAGUUCCACCAGCAGCGGCACUAUAUUUACCAAGUUUUUCAACUUAAACCUGAACCCGAACCUUAAGAAACGGGUGAGCGGUUUGGCCAACUUUGCCGCACCGGGCAGUAAAUACCUGCACAAGAUCUUUGAGGGUCGUCGUGAACGGCUGGCCAUCCUAUGGACCGAUUACGACAACUAUAUGGUCGCCCAUCACUGCAUGGAGAACGAGAUCGCUGGUGAUAUCGUAGGCAACGGCGCCCUAUGGCUGUACUCGCGCAACACUACAGUCAAACCCCGUAAUUUGGGCGCAUAUAUCGAUCGGGUGGCCGACAAUUUGGGCCCCAAAACUCUGGGCAAAAUUUAUCAACUGUUGGCCCGACUCAUACCCGCCGACGAGUCGGUGAUCGCCAACGAGGACUUGAAGUCAAUGAUCAGACGUGUGACCAAUCGGGCCAUACCGGGCGCUGUGCGGCGCGAGAAGUUGAAGUUUGGCGAAGAGUUGUACUAUAAGUUUAUGUCAAAGGGUGUUGUGACCAGACGUGUGGAUCAGAUACUGAAUGGCACGGCUGGACCCGGUGCUAAGUCCGACGCCCAAGUGUGGGCCGCACUCACCGAUACUUGUCAUCGGUUUGACGACUCGGAGUUAAUGGACGUGGCCGCUGCGAUCAAGAACUAUUCAAAACCUGGUCAAGUGUGCCGGCUGUCGCCCGACUGGAUCACAAAGUGGCCGCGAGGUGUCCGAUACGAUACCAUUGAGACCGUACUCAAGUCCACCGACGCCAACGGUGUUGUACUAGAUGUAAAGGUCAUUAUAGGCAAUGAGGCCGUGUCGACCACCACCGAGACACACACCCAUACGCCCCGAUUAACUCGGUUUAAGUAUCCGGACGGUGUCCGAGGUAUAUCCGCCACCCUCUACGGGGACGCCAACCACACCAUAUGGUACGAGUGCACUGAGACCGACGCCAAUGGCGUGACUGGCAUUAGAGAAACGUUGACAUUCGCGACGGUGGGCGCGCCCAACAACGGCACCGAACUGGAGGUGUAUCUGAAUCUAUUGGAGCGCAAUCUGAAGCCCGUGACGCUGACCAAAGUGGUCGAUUUGGUGGCCAACAUCCGGCCCGUCGACUGCGAUAUAAUGAAUCGCGACUGUCAGCGCAUCCGUUAUCUACGAAAAAAGAGUUCGGAGCCAAAGCCGGUGAUCAUCGAGAGUACGACCAGAGCGGCGGUUACUGUAAUCAACGACAUCUCACCGCCGCAACCGUCGGCACCCAACAAAACCGGUUGCGAGAAACCAAACUUUACCAAGAAUUAUCUCGUUGAAAUGUUCCCAAACAAGGAUGGUGGUUUUGAUCUUAAACGCAGCGUCAACUCUGUGGUGGUGUGUACGGGAACGGCCAAGUUGUUUACCGACAGCAACCAAUGGAAUGCGGUGUUGAGUGGGAAGCGUUCGGUGUUGUCGGUGCUAUUC